AUGCCGGCCGAAAGGCGUUCUCUUCGAUCGAACAACAAGUCUGACGCUUCCUCAUCCGCUAACGGUGACAAGGCAUCCUCGAACUCGCAGAGCUCAGACGCUAAAGAAAAAGCCGCACCUGCAACUCGCUCUGCUUCCAACAAGGCCAAAGGGGUCCCAGCGAAGAAAGGCACUACUGCCAAGGGCGCGAACAACGGAAUGGAGGAUGACCAGUCGCAAAACAACGGACCUGAUUCAACUGAAAAUGGUGUGAAUGGGUCUGAGGAUGUUGAGAUGGGAGAGGAUACGGCAGGUGCGCCUACAUCCUCAUUCAACACUCGCAAGGAUCGGAAUGGUGACGAGAAGAUGACUGUUGUAGUGCCCCCAGCCAAGGGUUCCAGGCCAUCUAACAAGGCAGGCCAAGAUAAAGAUGAAGACACGACGAUGGACGGCACCGAGCCAGGUGAUUCUGAGCAAACUGAGCCUGAGAUUGAUCCAACGACCAAGGCCAUCCAAGAUAUCAAGAUCAACUUUACUCUGCUUGACCGCGCCGUAGCUCACUUCGAUCCCCGAUUCACUCUACGUGUUCUCCGUUCUAUAUCCUCGAUGCGAAAGCAUAUUACUCCGGAGGUUCUCGCCAAAGUGAUUGUGGAUGUUUACCCAGAUUCCAGCCCAAUGGCUUCUUUCUUACUCGAGGCCAUUGACCAGGCCAAUGCGUUUGAGGGUGUUCCUGCUGACUUGAAGAUGGACUUGGACUUGGAGAAGACUAAGGGAACCCCUAAGGACACUCUUCCAGAAGUAGACGCAUAUUUGGCCAUUUUGGUCCAAAUCUAUCUCUUUGACGAGCGAAAAAUCCAGCAAGGUGCUGACUUCUCGACAAAUCUAAUUGAACGCCUUCGAAACUUGAAUCGCCGUACUUUGGAUUCCCUUACCGCCCGCGUCUACUUUUACUAUUCUCUGUUCUUUGAGAAAAUUGCUCCACUUCCUCCAUCCCCAGCCGCUGCUGUCACCAACAUUCGCCAAACAUUGUUGGCGGCAUUGCGCACGGCUGUCCUCCGGAAAGAUGUGGACACCCAGGCCACCGUCAUGACACUGCUCCUCCGCAAUUACUUGUCCACGUCCCAUAUCACGCAGGCUGAUCUUUUAAUCUCGCACAACCGGUUCCCUGCGGCUGCUUCCAACAACCAAAUUGCUCGGUAUCUUUACUACCUUGGCCGCAUUCGUGCCAUUCAACUGCAGUAUACCGAGGCCCACAGCCAUUUGGUCGGUGCCACCCGCAAAUCUCCCACCAGCCAUAGCGCUUGUGGGUUCUAUCAGGCCUCUCACAAGUUGCUUGUAGUUGUUGAACUGUUGAUGGGCGAUAUCCCAGAUCGUUCAAUCUUCCGUCAACCUGCUCUUGAGAAAGCCUUACACCCAUAUCUUUUGCUUGCACAGGCUGUCGGUGUUGGUGACUUGGACGGCUUUUUGAACACUGUCAAUACACACAGCCCUACUUUCCGGAAGGAUGGUACUUACACCUUGAUCCUCCGUUUGCGACAGAAUGUGAUCAAGACUGGUAUCCGUAUGAUGUCUUUGUCGUAUUCUCGUAUCUCUUUGCGCGACAUCUGUCUUCGCUUGGGACUCGAUAGUGAAGAGUCGGCUGAAUACAUUGUGGCCAAGGCAAUUCGUGAUGGUGUCAUCGAAGCAACUUUGGAUCAUGAGCAUGGCUUCAUGAAGAGCAAAGAAGUUGGCGAUAUCUACGCCACCCGGGAGCCCGGCGAGGCAUUCCAUGAACGUAUCCGUGCCUGUCUAGCCCUCCAUGACGAGAGUGUCAAGGCAAUGCGUUUCCCUAUGAACCAACACCGCUUAGAGCUUAAGAGUGCUCAAGAGGCGCGGGAGCGAGAGCGAGAGCUGGCCAAGGAGAUUCAGGAAGGGGACAUGGAUGAUGAAGAAGCCGGUGGUGACUUUGAUGCCAUAUAA